AUGAACAUUUCGUUAUUUGAAGACGCAUAUUUACGGCGUAUUGAGACUAUAAUGCAGCCAGAUGAAAUAAAUUUGACGGUAGUAAACGCUUUAAGAUUUGUCAUGCAAAAUGUAUUUGCCAACAUCACAAAUGCCCUCGUUAUUACAAUAUCAUCCGACAAAGGACCCAUACAAUUUUGGCUACACGAUAUAAUGGCUAAAUUAUUUGUAACUUCCGGUUUUAUGGCGAUUCAACUAGUAGUUCUGGAUAACAAGACAAAUCGCAUUGAUUUACCGGGAAAACGUUAUUGUAAUGUGAUCAUGAUUGAUUCAUUUAAAAAUCUGGAGAAGACAUCUAUAGCGAAAUACAAUCGAAAUUUUGAUAGUCUGGAGUAUUAUUUUAUUUUCCUGCAAACCUUGGAUGAAUUCAUACCCAUGGAAAUGGAAAAUAUUUUUAAAUAUUGUUUUAAUAACUUUUGGUUACAUUGCAAUGUCAUGGUGCAGUAUAACAAUGGCGAAGUCUUAAUUUACACUUACUUUCCCUUUAAGGACCAACAAUGUUUUCAAACCCAGCCGGAAAUUAUUAAUAAAUUCAAUGGUGAACGUUUUUUAAAUGCUGUAAUGUUUCCCGAUAAAUUGAAGAAUUUACACAUGUGUUCUCUGAAAUUAACCACCUGGAUAGUACCACCAUUUGUUAUGAAUAGAACAAAUGGCUUUAUACCGAAUCGUAAGAUUUCGGGUUUUGAAAUAUUUAUAAUGAUUGCCAUAAGUCGUGAAAUGAAUUUUACACUUGAUAUUAAUGUGAUAUCAAUCGAUACAUAUCAACAAAAUCGUACGCCAGAGUCGGUGCCGAUGAAAAUGUUAAAAAAUCUUGAAACCAACAUGACCGUGGGCUACUUUCGACGUACAGCCAAGCGGGAUAAAAUUGCUACAUCCAGUUAUGUCACUUAUUACUUGCCGUUGGUGGCUGUAAUUCUACGCAAACAAAGUAAAUACGAAUCGUUGAGCAUUUUUACAUUUCCAUUCGAUAGCAUAACCUGGACCUUGACCUUGAUAUUUUAUGGUUUAAUCAUUAUACUGAACAAUUUAAAUGUGGACAGGCGGAGAGUGAAUAAUUUUCAAAUUUAUGAAAUUCUUAUGGGAAUGUCGGUUAAAAGUGUCCCUAAAGUAUCAUCAAAAAGAAUACAUUUUAUGACAGCACUAUUAAGUUCAUUCUUUUUACGUUCCGUCUACCAGUCACUGCUAUUCUAUCUCUUUCGUACUCACUUCUAUAAAUCCCCACCCCGUUCGCUAGAAGAUCUAGUGGCCGAAGGUUACAAGGCAGUUUGCAACGAAAUGUCUUUAAAUUUUAUAGCUAACGUUCCACAAGUUCAAGACAAAUCAUUGCCCAUAAUUACCAUAUAUAGUGCCAAUGAAAUGUAUCCGUUGUAUUAUUUGGAACUUUUUCGUGAUCAGAAUUAUGCUGCUAUAUCGAAUUAUGAUUUCGCUCUUUAUUACGCUUAUCAAUUGUUAUCGGUGGGCGAUGUUUUGCAGGUUUUACCCAUUAAUGUUAAUGAUCAACAAAUCGGUUUCUAUUUGGCAAAACACUCGUAUUUGGUUGAUCGUUUCAACAGAUAUAUUUUGAGGUUUCAACAAGCCGGUCUCCUGCUGAAAUGGAAAGAAUGGUCGAAUUUCGAAUAUCAAAUCUCUAAGCAAAAGGAUGCAGCAACUUCCAAGGAAACCGUUUUAAUGAACAACAAACAUAGUGUUGUUCUUAAAGAUAAUGGUAAUCUCAAUAAAUAA